AUGGAAAACGAAGAAGGUCUUCAGGUUGAUCUUUAUCAACCAAGAAAAUGUUCAGCUACCAAUCGACUUAUCACCGCAAAAGAUCAUGCUUCAGUUCAAAUAAACGUUGGUGAAGUUGAUGAAAAUGGUCAUUACACUGGUAAAUAUGUAACGUAUGCCUUAUGUGGUUUCGUUCGUUGUUCAGGAGAGUCUGAUGAUUCCCUAAAUCGCCUUGCGGCUAAAGAUGGAUUUCUCAAAAAUGUGUGGUCCGCUCAACGUUAA